CUAUGCUUUCAAACUAAAGAAUUUCUUUUUCUCUUUUCUCAAGAUUGUAAAACAGACGACAAUUGCCUAUACAACACCAAUUAAGACAAUUAACAAUACAGGUUUUCAAAACAAUAAGAGAAGUAUACAAAAUUUAGAAAGAUUACAAAACUACAUAACUGUUACAGAUAAAAGUAUACAAAAUAUAAAAAAUGUUAGAAUAAAACGUGAAGAGAUAGUGAACCAUUAUGAGACGACAUUAGAUAAAGAAAUGGAUUUUUUCGAAGUUAUGAAACAUAGAGAUAUUGUAACUGAGACAGAAACAACUGAAUAUUUUGAGAAAACGCAAGAGAUGGAUAUGCAAUAUGACAUGUAUGAAUAUGAUCAAAAAAUUACAAGUGAAAAUAUUCUAGAUCAAUCUUUAAUUCUGAAAGAGACAUCUACUCUUGCAGAUACCGAAAGUCCCGAUGAAAAAUCGUACGAUUAUAAACAAUUCAAAAUGGAAUACGAACAACAGCUAGAAUACAACAUAAAAUAUGGGAAGAUAUUUAAUUAUACUGAGAAGAAAGAAUUGGAAGAUACUCCAAAAGAAACAUUGAAAAGAAUAAUGAAUUUGAAAAAAUUCAAGAACUGUACAAAGGAAGAUCUAAGUCAGAUUGGAAUUAAGGCAUUAGAAUGCCUUUUAUAUGAUUAUCAGCGCGUAAAAGAUAUAACACAUGUGAAGAGAAUUUUGUCAAGGACAUGGCUAGUUCUCAAAAUUUGGCUAUUAAUUUAUAUUUGUUUAGCAAUUCCUUGUUGGUGUCAAAGAGGAUGGUGCUGCUGUUGUUUUCGUUGUAAAUUUUGUUUUCCACAAAAAAGAAUUGCAUUUGCAAAACAAUAUUAUAUAAUGAAUCCACCUGGCACUUUUGUAAAAGAUUUAAAAAAGAAAAAAGAUAUGAAAGAGCCUAUUAAAUAUGAAGCUACUGAAUAUGAAUAUAAUACAUAUGAAACAUUCGAAACUGCAAUAAGAAAUUUAUAA